CUGGUAAUGCAUUUCCUUUCCCAAUUUCCUUUUGUUAUCCUUACCACUUUACCAGCAGGCAGAGAGCCUUCCUUUUCCGAUUCUCUAUUUCCUUUCCUCAUUCCCAAUCUCUGAUCCAUCCCUAAAAACAACUGACGAGAGAUAGAUGACGAUGAAGAUGCCUUGGAGGAGGAAGAGCAGGAGCUUCCAUCUUCAGCUACAAGGGGCAAUUGAUGCUCAAAUUGGGAUUGGAGCCUGACGUUGUGACAUUUACUACCUUAAUUAAUGGGCUUUGUAUAGAGAGUAAAAUGGACAAAGCAGUGGAAUUUUUUGAUGAUAUGGUUGCUGGAGGUUAUCAACCUAAUGUUUAUACUUUCAAUGUGAUAGCAAACGGAUUGUGUAAAUUUGGGAAAACAAAUGUGGCUAUUGGGCUACUAAAGGGAAUGGCUGAUAGAGGUUGUGAGCCAAAUGUUGUGACAUACGGAGCAAUCAUUGACGCCCUUUGCAAGGAUGAGCUAAUUGGUGAGGCUUUAGAGCUCUUCUCUCAAAUGAGGAAUAAGGGCAUUUCACCUGAUGUCAUCACUUACACUGGUUUAAUUCAUGGUGUUUGCAAAUUAGGCCAAAAGAACCAAGCUUUGGCCUUGAUGAAUGAAAUGGUGGAGCAGAAAGGGCACAGGAUAUACAGUCCCAGGAUACAAGUUUUUGUGAUUCUGCAUCCAUGGGAAAUGGUUUGUUAG